AUGUACAACGCACAUCGCGGGAUGGUUCCUGCUCCCAACUCUCGCCUAAAUGAGUUGCUGGAUCAGUUGCGCCAGGAAUUUGAAAAUCAGUCGAGGAGUACUGGCGAAUUCGAGCAUCAGUUAACCGGGCAGCUCCAGGAAAUGGAGAUGAUUCGUCAGAAGGUUUUUCAGCUUGAGCAGGCACAAAUGAAGAUGAAACAAGAUUAUGAAGCAGAGAUCCGCAUGUUGCGACACGAGCUUGAAUCGCGUGGCGUCCAACCCGUUUCCUCUCAUGUUGCCGGCCCUGCAGUGCACGGUGGUCCUUCUCAGGCGCCCCCGCCUGCAUUGGGUCAUGGUCCCAGCAAUCUGUUUGGUGGUAUUAUGGCGAAUCAAGGAGGUAGUGGCCCCGGUCUUGCCCCUCCCCCUCCCCAGGAUCAGCAGCCUCCCCAGCAUACCCUUCAACAGCCUGCCCCAGCGGCUCAACCAGGAGCACCACAACCACCGCAGGGCUCUUUUGGAGGAUAUCAGUCUGGCACUGCUGUGAACGGCUACGGCCCUCCUCCACCUCCCACAGCCUCGCCCGGACCCGGAAAGCGCCCUCGCGCACCUCCUGGGCCUGCCACCCCGCAACAGCAUCCAUUAGCGUACCCAGAUGCUCGCGGGUCACCACAUCUCGCCCGGCCGACCCCUCCAAGUCAAGCAGUCGUCCGCGACCGUCCUGGGAACAUGCUCGCCAAUUGGAAUCCCGAUGAUUUGCCAGGCUCUCAAAAGAAAGAGGGCGCCGAUUGGUACGCUGUUUUCAACCCCGAAGUGCAGCGUGUCCUCGAUAUCGAACUUGUUCAUCACCUCGUGCAUGACAGCGUUGUCUGCUGCGUGCGUUUCAGCCGCGACGGCAAAUACCUUGCAACUGGAUGCAACCGUUCUGCUCAAAUCUUCGACGUGACCACCGGCCAGAAUGUCGCAACUCUGCAGGAUGAAAACGUCGAUAAGAGUGGCGAUCUCUAUAUCCGCAGCGUCUGCUUUAGUCCUGAUGGCAAGUUCCUAGCAACUGGCGCGGAAGAUAAGCAGAUCCGAGUUUGGGAUAUCGCUUCGCGAACCAUUAAGCACAUCUUUACUGGUCACGAGCAAGAUAUCUAUUCCCUAGACUUUGCAGGCAAUGGUCGGUACAUUGCCUCUGGUAGCGGGGACAAAACCGUGCGCCUCUGGGAUAUUGUAGAAGGCAAGCUUGUCUACACCCUCAGUAUCGAGGACGGCGUUACCACAGUCGCUAUGUCGCCUGAUGGCCUUUAUGUUGCCGCUGGUUCCCUGGACAAGACUGUACGAGUCUGGGACACUACUACAGGUUAUCUCGUUGAGCGUCUUGAGAAUCCCGAUGGCCACAAGGACAGCGUGUACUCCGUUGCUUUUGCACCGAACGGAAAGGACCUUGUCAGUGGCAGUUUAGACAAGACCAUCAAACUCUGGGAACUUAACCUGCCUCGCGCAUACAGUGGUGGCGGGAAGGGCGGAAAGUGUCUUCGGACCUUUGAAGGCCACAAGGACUUCGUUCUUAGUGUCUGUUUGACUCCCGAUGGCCACUGGGUAAUGAGCGGCUCUAAGGAUAGAGGCGUUCAGUUUUGGGAUCCGAUCACUGGAAAUGCGCAGAUGAUGCUUCAAGGACACAAAAACUCUGUUAUCUCAGUUGCUCCCAGCCCUACUGGUAACCUGUUUGCCACUGGCAGUGGUGACAUGCGUGCCAGAAUCUGGAGAUAUUCCGCGUACACCGGACGGUGA